AUGACACACGAGACUUUCGUAGUUAAACCAUGCCUUUCCCGUCUUUCGAGACUCCGCCAACAUUUUCUCGAACCGCACUUUUGCAGCGUCCUGUAUCCCUUCUUUCUUCAUCACCUUUCUCUUAAUUGUCACAAUGUGUAUUCGUUUAAUUUCUUUGCUUGCGCCCGCGUCCCUGUUUUUUUGGACUGUUUCGGCGUUAGAGAAGUCCCGCGCUAUUCCUCCGUUGGACCCGAUGAUCCUAAACAAUAUAAAAUUGAUACCAAUACAAACCAUACCUACUUUGGUUGCGUUGUGGGAAGAUAUGCCAACAGAAUAAAAAAUGGCUCCUUCGAGCUUGAAGGUGUUAAAUACAAUAUUUCGAAGAAUGAGAAUAAUGACUCUCAAACACUUCACAGGGGCAAAAUCGGAUACGAUCAGCGACCCUGGACCGUGGUAAAUCACACAAAAACCUCUGCUACCUUAAGCCUUCUCGACACCGGUUUUGAAGGCUUUCCAGGAGAUGUUAUCACAUAUGCCACCUACAGCGUCAGUUCUUCGAGAACCGAUGGAAACCGGAAAGGUGAAACUAUUUUGACCGCGAAAACCGUGUCUCUUGCAUUGACUAAGAAGACCCCCAUUAUGUUUUCCAAUCAUAUAUACUGGAACUUGAAUGGUUUCAAGAAGUCUGAUGUAUUAGAGGAUACCACCUUACAUCUGCCAUUGUCUAAACGAUUCAUCGCCAUUGAUUCCUCCUCAAUUCCAACAGGUGAACUCGCAGAUGUCGCCACAACAUUUGAUGGCGCUCUCGACUUUACAAAGCCCAAGCUCAUUGGCAAGGCCAUCUUCUCAGCCAAAAAUUGCGGCGCCAACUGUACAGGCUAUGACAACGCUUUCAUCAUUGACCGUCCAAAUAAUGAGACAGACUGGACCUCUACUUUUGAGAAAAUGGAUGUUUCUCUAAGCAUGGAGUCGAGUACCACUGGCAUCAGCAUGCAGAAUGGGACAAUUCCAGUCAAAAAAUCUCAGGUUCAGCGCAACCAGAAGGGGGGCGGUGGUGUUGAUGUAAUCAACAAGUAUGGCUGUGUUGUCAUCGAGACUGAGUGCUGGAUUGACGGCAUCAGUAAUCCUAAAUGGAACCAGGACCAGUACCAAAUAUAUUCCCCUGAUACUGGCCCAGCUGUGAACUGGGUUAGGUUCACCUUUGGAAAUAUUUGA